UUGAAAGAGUUCGGAGUCCCUCUCCCAGUUUCACUUUUGAGCGUCGACGUGGUCUCUAACCAGAGCCAAUUUGCACUAAUAGUCGAAGUAUUCUCGAGGUACACCGAGCACAUUCUGGACAGCAUUGAGAAGUGCAAGGACCCGAAGUUUGCAAAGAGAAGGACAAUGUUCAUCAAAUUAGUGAAUGCCAUGAACUUGAAGUUCAUAUGCGCUUUUCGAUGGAAACACUACGACAGGCUCCUGCUUAAAUCGAUAGACAGGAGCAGGUUUGGACUUUCAAACAACAUACAGAAGGUUAAAGAGUACCUGCAAAUAUACCAGUCACUGUGGCAGGAGCACUGUAGAUCAAUGCAAAGGUUGCUUGGCGAAUGGAACGACGCGAACUAUCUGAUGAACACCUACAAGAUUGAUAAGACCGAGGAGACUGAAAUAUCAAAUACAAUCGAGGAGAUCAAUAAGCUGGUCGAGGCGACCACAAUUACCACCAAGGAUAGAGGCAGCCUUGAUAAGGCCGAAGAUGUCACCAUCAGUACGAGUGCUAACAUGCUUGAACUGUUGAGCAAAGUGCCGUGCGACGGCGAAUACGUGAAGUCCAUGGAUAAAAUGAAGAAUAAAAUAAACAACUUGAAGUACACGAGGACGAAUCAGUUACAGCAAAUUGUUAACAGGACUAUUGGGAAGUACGAGGAGCUGCUAGAUAAGUUGGAAGCCUACAACGACACACUCGUAAAGGUGUCGAGUAGCAUUUCCGAGAAAAUGUUUAAAAGGAUGCCGAUCAACCAGUACGUCAAACUCAUACAGGUUAGUGUAGGCUAG